ACAACAUCAUGGCGGCGUACGUGCUGAACAUAAACACGGCACACUUUUACCCACGAAGAUAAGCAAUCGGAUAAUGACAAACGAUUCAAUUUGCGUUUAAAUGGUCAAGUCAAAUGAUGAACAAGAAAACUGACGGCGAAAUAUGCCAAAUCCAAGAAAGCACGACCAUAACACUGGCUCAAAUGACUUAAGUGAAAUCUGGAGUCAUGGUUCCACAUUUUCACAAAAAAGGCUGAGAACAAACAAAUCGGGUAAAAGUCAGAAACUGACACCCCAAUCUUCACCUUCUGUCAGGAAGUCACCACAUACUCGGUCUAAAGAUCUGGAGACCCCCAAACGACGAGCAAGGGGCAGAUACACGGGCUUAAACAGCACUGCUGAUUCCCCCGGCGAUGGAGAUAUUUUACAAGACAUCAUCUGGGACCCGGCAUCACCUACUCCUGCUAGAAGUGGCGAAGGGCCCGGCAACACCAGAGUUGUUGAGAUAUCAGACAUUGUCAACCGGAUCGCCCCUAAGGAUGCCCAGCAUGUCUCUGUGGAUAGUCCUCUGCUCCAGUGGAUUGGGGACAGUGCUGUCCCAUGUACCCCAGAGGUACGCCCGCCCAAAGCAAGGAAGAAAUCCACUCGGAAAAGCUCAGUGGAGGACUUGAUGCAGCUGGCCAGGCAGUUUGACAUCAACAUGCACCAGCAGGACCGAGAGAAGAGGAGUGCGGAACACACACACAAUACCAUAAACAACAACCGCUACGGGGAGGAACCCAAGGGCCCGACGACAAUGUCCUCAUCAGCCCAGCAGGUAGAGGCGGAGCUUAACGCUCUGUUCGACGGGCCGACGCAGCGAGUCACCGGACGGCUCAGCCAAGGGUCGACCGCCUCCACCUGUUCUCAGGAGGUCAAGGUUCAAGUUGGGGUCAGCCAUCUCACUGCCGAUGACCUCGUCAAAGAGUCGGAGGUCAAGCCUGGCGGUGGAAGCACGUCUGGUUCAUCGGCUCGUACUGGUAAAGAGGAAGUGGAACAGUGGAACGCCACGACGACUGUGGCGAAAGACGAGGACUUUGACUGGGAGGAUGAUGACCUUCUCAGUGACCCUAUCGUGUUGGAGAUGACCCAGAAUCCUGAGGGGCUGAAAACGCCGCCCCCAAACCCAGCAGCUCACUGACUCUGAGCACUGACAGAGACCACACACAGCUGCUGACAGAUACAGAGGAGACCCUACCACCCUCCUCUACUACCUCUAAUCCUAUCAGCC